AUGUUCAGUUAUCAUCUUCUUAGAGGGAUAGCCGGUCCAUCUACACUUCCACUCACUCGCACAUCUCCGAGAGUGUUUGUGAGGAACGCAUCGAAUGGGAAUGGUCAACCUCAUAUACCGGUGAUCAGGACGUUGGGUCAGCUGAGAAGAUGGAGGAAGGAAGCGAGAGAUAAAGGGUUGGAAGUUGGGGUUGUACCUACUAUGGGAGCUUUACAUGAAGGACAUCUAAAUUUAGUCCGAACGUCGCUCUCACGCCAUCCGCUUACGGUCAUGACCCUCUUUGUCAACCCAAUGCAGUUCGCCCCACACGAAGACCUUUCAUCUUAUCCACGUACAUUCGAUCGGGACCUAGCUCUCCUCCAGUCUGUUCUCCCUACACCUCCCUCGCCAAGACAGAUGCGAGAAAGUCCCUUGAUCAUCUUUGCGCCUACUCCCGAUGUUAUGUACCCCCUCAAAGGGGAGUUGCAGGAUUUGAGGAAUCAUAAAGGCGUGGAAGUUGAUGUGAGGGGUUGGGGGGAAGUUAUGGAAGGUGCUUCAAGGCCCCAAUUCUUCAAAGGUGUAGCAACGGUCUGCACCAAGCUCUUCAAUGCUGUUGAGCCGGAUCACGCAUAUUUCGGACAAAAAGAUAUCCAGCAAGCCCUAUUAUUACGAAUACUGGUCAAGGAUCUGCUGCUGUCCCAUCCUACAUCGUCCAACCUGCAUAUCCUACCGACUACCAGAUCCUCAACAGGUCUAGCCCUCUCAUCACGUAAUGCCUAUCUCUCCCCUGCAGAGCUAAAAGUCUCGCCGGUAUUGUACAAUUCUCUCAAUGCAGCGAAAGGACUGUACGAAUCGAAAGAUACAGCAGAAGGACGAGAUAUAACGGGUGAAGAGCUAGUAGCUGUAUCGACAAGGGUGAUAUUAGAUGAACAAGAAAGGGUUCUAAGUGAGAAUGAAGGUGUGGAACUACAGUUGGAUUAUAUUGAAUUAUUUGAUAAAGAUACUUUCGAACCGAUACGUGGACCUAUAGGAGCGGGUAGAGAAUUUGUCAUUGCUGGGGCGAUUUGGGUAGGGAAGACGAGGUUGAUUGAUAAUUUUUUGGUUGGGUGGGAAACAAAUUGA